GGCGCGGGCGCAGCAGGCCGGCGCUCGCGGUCCCAGCAGCCCGAGCAGCGAGCGGCGGGUCGCGGCGAGCAGCGGAAAACAAGUGAUCGCUUUUCUUUCCUCAUUUUUGGAAGCCCUGCCCACCACACAGCUGCAGUGGACAUCCCGGUUCCUUGAUGGACGAAGAAGGCCAACUGAUCCAGCCUCGAGACCAGAGCUGCUGGGCCACCCUGCCCGAUGUGUGCCUACGUCGUAUUUUCUGGUGGCUGGGAGACAAGGACAGGUCCAGAGCGGCCCUUGUCUGCAGAAGGUGGAACCAGAUGAUGUAUUCGGCUGACCUCUGGCGAUACAGGACCAUCACGUUUAGUGGGAGACCUUCCAGGGUACACGCGUCCGAAUUUGAGUCGGCUCUUUGGUACGUUAAGAAAUUUGGUAGUUAUCUGGAGCACCUGGAGAUCAAAUUCCUGAAUCCUUAUAACGCUGUCCUGACCAAGAAGUUCCAGGUCACCAUGCAAGGCCUUCUCUUGUGUCUGGGCAAGAGAAACAACCGUCUGAAAUCUCUCUCCAUCCAGCACCUGGAACUGGACCGCCUGGUCUGGAGGAACAGCAUCAGGAGCUUGUUCUUGAAAAGCUUGAGCUCCUUCUUGAAGAAAAUGGGCCAACACCUGGAUUAUCUCAACCUAAAAGGGGCCAGGCUCACCGUGGAGCAAGGCUGCCACAUCCUCAACUCCCUGAGCUACUUAAGGAAAGAGAGUAUGGUGUCAGGGCUCAACAUCGAGGACUACUUCAGCCACCACCUCGCUGUCUACAGCAGCCCCCAGUUCAACAAGACCAUGGCCACGUUCCGCAGCCUGGUGUCCCUGACCCUCAGCUACAACUGCAUCUCCGAUGAGCUGCUGGAGAACCUGUGUGAGAACAAUGCCGGCACCCUCUGGACCCUGAACAUCAAGUGCCACAUCCGUGACCCCCACGGGCAGGUCAUCUGGGGCAUGUCCUGGGCCAAGCUGGCCAGGUCCGCCACCCACCUGAAAGUCAACUUCUUCUUUGAGCAAGUCAUGAAGUAUGAGCGCUUGGCCCGGAUCCUCCUGCAGGAGAUCCCUGUCAGGAGCAUCAGUCUGAGGAACUGCUCUUUCAGGGACCCCGACUGGUCCAUGAGGCCCACUCUGACGGAUCUCCUGCCCACCUUCCGGCACACUCUGCAGGUAGGUAUGAGCUGAGGGCUGGGAG